AUGCCAAGUGGGAAAAGUGGCGUCGGGGGGUGUGGGAGAGGGGGCUGCGGGGAGCUUUCCGCCCAGCGCAAAGUUUGGCACCGCCGGAUUCACCUGUGGCGAAGGCAGACGAAGCCUGGGAGGGAGAGAGUCCCGCCAAAUUCAUCACGCUCGUUGUCCUUCCUCGCCUCUCCCCCUCGCCCAGUGCGGACAGCCCCAAGGCCGCACCGCUCGCCUCUGCUGCGGAGACGUCGGUUUGGCUGCCGUGGGCUGCGUGGGGGAGCGAAGGCGGGUGUCGGCGUGGAGGAUUUGGCCUUUGUAGUUGGCUGUGAUGGGUCACCGGUGGGUUGGUGGCCUGUCCGAGCGGCCACUGAGUCUUCGCGGAGUGACUUGAUGGGUAAAUACAGCUGCCUCACCGGCGUUUGCCAGGCUCCCUGCGUGUGCUGGGUGAAAUUUGGAACCUGUAACACUCCCAAGCCAAGCUUCUUUGAUUUUGAGGGAAAGCAAAAAUGGGAGGCUUGGAAAGCCCUGGGAGAUACCAGCCCUCAUCAAGCUAUGCAGGAGUAUGUUGCUACAGUGAAAAAACUGGACCCCAGUUGGAAUCCACAGACGACAGAGAAGAGGGGAAAGGAAAGCAAAACUGCAUUUGGAGGCCCAGUUGUGAGCUCAUUAUAUCAAGAAGAAACAAUCAGGGAAGAGGACAAGAACAUUUUUGAUUACUGCAGAGAAAACAACAUUGACUAUGUAACCAAAGCCAUUCAAUCAGAAAAAGCGGACGUGAAUGUCACAGAUGAGGAGGGCCGGGCUCUGCUCCAUUGGGCGUGCGACAGAGGACACAAGGAACUGGUUUCAGUACUGUUACAGCAUGCCGCUGACGUUAACAGCCAGGAUGGGGAAGGCCAGACUGCACUCCAUUACGCUGCUGCCUGCGAGUUUUUGGACAUUGUGGAGCUGCUGCUGAAGUCGGGAGCCGACCCCACGCUCCGGGACCAGGAGGGUUGCUUGCCGGAGGAGGUGACAGACUGUAAAGCCAUCACUUCGGCUCUACAGCAGCACACCGCUGGCAAGACCUAACCCUGCAGCAACGCGUGGCGGGGAGGACAGAGACACUCCGCAAUAACACCCCUUCUCUUCCCCUGCUGCCCUCCGAAACGCCUUGGAGGUUCAAAGGGGAGCUUUUAGAGCACAGGGUCUGGGUGGGCUCUCCAGCACAAGGGCUGGCUGGCCGAGCGCAUAUCCUGGGCAGGGUUGGGAUCAGGGUUUUGCAUGCUCUGACAUUUAUCAGUAUU